AAGCAAGGUAGUUUGACCAAAUUGUAGCAUCCCGUCACACACAACUCCCAGAAACACACUAACAUCACAUGUGACGGUCUUCAGCGGAGCCUUAGUGAUGCGACCCCCGGCCCAAGGAGCGGUCCAGGCGGCCCAGACCUGGCUCAAGUCCUCCUGGCAGGUUCAGGUACCCUUCACCUGGCUGGAAGCCUGUGUGGAAUGGCUGCAGGAGGAAGGAGGCGGGCAACAAGUGUCCCAGCACCAGCUUAACCAACAGGUGUUGGAUCAGUGGCUGCUGACUGACCUUCGGGACUUGGCCCACCCAGUGCUGCCCGAGGGACUGUCCCGAGCCCAGAACACAGAGCUCAGCGGCAGCUUCUGUGUCCAGGUAGACUCCCUGCUGGAUGUCAGCCAGCCCGCCUACACCCAACUCCAGCGUGCCAAGGGCGCCGACUGCACAAACGAGGGCGUGUCGGCCGUUACCCAGAUCACCCAGCGUCCCUGGGAGGCCAAGCCCACUCGCAUGCUCUUCCUGCAGAUCACUGACGGGGUGCAGAGCCUGGAGGCCAUGGAGUAUCAGCCCAUCCCUGCACUUGGCGCCCUCCUCAGGCCUGGGGUGAAACUGCAACUGCAUGGCCAGAUAGUGUGCAGGCUUGGGGUGCUGCUCCUGGGCCCGGGGAACGUGACGGUGCUUGGGGGGGAGGUGGAGGAGCUGGCGGAGAGGAACAGCCUGGCCAGGGUGCUGUGCAGAGCCCUGGGGCAGCCAGAGGAGGAGCCUCCUCAAGGUGGCGCCGAAGAGCAGGAGAACCACCCACUUGCAGCAAACCAACAGGAGCCAGAGGAUGAUGAGCUGGAUGACCAGGAGCUUUUGGCUAGCUUGGAUGCCCAGGAAGAGAGGGGGGAAAGCAGGCCGGAUGGAGGAACCAGGAAGAGAGGGGGGGCAGAGUGGAGACAGCAGCCCAGCAUGGAGAGCGGGUAUGGGACACACAGUGAUGCCUCCUCCAGGAGUGCGUCUGUCGUGAGCCAGUCCUCGAUCCAGUCCUCGAUCCCUUACGGAAGGCCAUCCUUCCAGGGUCAUCGCUCCGAGAGCCAGGCGGACUCGGCCGUAGGAGGUCACCCCUCUCGCGCCCCCCGCCUGGGUGGACGAUCACCUGGACGAGACUUUGAUGAUCUUCCUCUGGAGGAGCUGGAUUUCCAGGAUAGCCCCGCUAGACCCACUCCGCCAUCCAGCACGAACCCCAGAAUAAGUUCUCUCGCUGGGCACGCCCAGGGGUCCGGCUCUGGGUCUGCUGGCGUGAGAAAUGACAAACAUUUAGAAUCCUUCAACGAGUCUACUGACUUCCUGGACGAGAGGGAUGACUUCAUGGAUGAGGACUUGGAUUCCCUGUUCCCUCCAGAACCAGAACACCCCAGAGAAGACCUUACACUAGAAGGCACCAGAACCCCCCAGACAUCAAGCCUUACACCCCAGGCAUCUGGUCCUGGACCCCAGACCUCCAGACCACCACAGCUGGGGGGGGACUGGAUCAGUCCAGAACCAGCAGCCCAAGACUCCAUAACGGUGAAAUCUGAACGUGCGGAACAAACAGACCCAGAGGGUGAUGGUCAUGUGACUCUAGACUCCCCUCCGUUCACCUACCUGUGCCUCCUAGAGGGGUCUGGGGGCGCUGUGGCCUCCGUGCCUGCUAGGGAGGUACGGGUGAAGGCUUUUAUCGUGACCCUCCUGGGGAACCUCCAGGCCAAGGGCGGGGAGUGGCGGGUCGGAGCCAACAUCUCAGACGGGUCGGCCUACCUGGACGUGGAGCUGUCGGACCGGGUUCUGACGGGCCUGCUGGGGUUCUCCGUGGCCCAGAAGGCAGCGCUGAAGCGCGACCCGGCCCGCAGGGUGGAGUUAGCGGCAGGGAUGAAGGCCUGUCAGGAGGGGCUGGUGGACAUGUGCUGUAUCAUGACCCUGGCUUUCAGCCCUGGAGGGGGCAGGCCUGUGGUGACACGGACUGAUGAUGUCACAAACGGGGACUGUCGCGUCCUGGAGUGGAGGGUGAGGGGAGUGUAGGAAGGGGAGGAGGGGGAGUGCUGAGAUAGCAGGGGAGGAGGUCGGGGAGGAGGUCGGGGUCUAAAGAUGCGUGAGGAUAAAGGAAAAUUUUACCCUUGUUAUGGUGUCAUGUGCUAGUUAAAAAGUGAGAGAUGGUACAAGCAUUAUUUUUAAUAAAGUUUGAUUAAAAUGUUUCGUUUUACUGCUAUUAUCUUUCGUAUAUGAUAUGAGGAUAUAUUAUCUUUCAAUGAAUUAAGUACAUAUUUAAAUUUAUAUUUUUUAAAUAAAGGUUUGUUA